AUGGCUGCGCAAAAGGAAGAUGUGGAAAAGUUCCUCCAAGAGAACCCUGCAUUUGCUAAACAGUACUUUGCCAAGAAGAUGAGCCCUGCUUCCAUAUCGAAUGUGUCAGGACUCUCAGAGCAAGAGAUCGACUUCAGCCAGCUCCAAGAGCUCAGCCAGGUUGAAGAAAGCCAAAUCAUGUAUGACCUGAUCAAAGACAUGCAGGAGAACAUCAAUGUGGAAAAGGUGGUGUUCAAGAUACUGAAGAGAAUCAGUGCGCUCAUCCACGCAGACCGUUGCAGCUUGUUCAUGUACCGGCAGCGGAACGGCAUUGGAGAGCUCGCCACGAGGCUCUUCAAUGUCAACACAGAGGCGGUGCUGGAGGACUGUGUGGUGCCCCCGGAUUCUGAGAUUGUCUACCCACUAGACAUGGGAAUAGUCGGCAACGUGGCUCUGACCAAGAAGAGUGUUAAUGUGAAAGACGUCUCAGAGAACCAACACUUCAGCUCAUUUGUGGACGAGCUCACAGAAUAUAAGACUCAAAACAUUCUGGCUGCGCCCAUCCUCAACGGCAAAGACAUGGUGGCUGUGAUCAUGGCUCUGAACAAGACCACAGGACCACAUUUCACUGCUGAGGAUGAAGAUCUUUUUUUGAAGUAUCUGAAAAUUGCCACACUAAACUUGAAGAUCUACCACCUGAGUUACCUCCACAGCUGUGAGACACGUAAAGGACAGUUGCUGCUCUGGUCUGCCAACAAGGUGUUUGAAGAGCUGACAGACAUUGAGCGACAGUUUCACAAGGCCUUGUACACAGUCCGAGCCUACCUCAACUGUGACCGUUACUCUGUCGGUUUACUAGACAUGACAAAGGAGAAGGAGUUCUUUGAUAUUUGGCCAGUGUUGAUGGGAGAGCAGGCACCUUACUCUGGCCCUGUUACUCCUGAUGGCAGGGAGGUAAUCUUCUACAAAGUGAUUGAUUAUAUACUACAUGGCAAAGAAGACAUCAAAGUAAUACCCAAUCCGCCUGCAGAUCAUUGGGCCCUGUGUAGCGGCCUGCCUACUUACGUAGCUGAGAGCGGUUUUAUUUGUAACAUUAUGAAUGCAGCUGCUGACGAGACGUUCGAGUUUCAGACUGAGCCACUCGAUAGCAGCGGGUGGACCAUAAAAAACGUUCUCUCACUGCCAAUUGUCAACAAAAAAGAAGAGAUAGUUGGAGUGGCCACUUUUUACAACAGAAAAGAUGGAAAGCCUUUUGAUGAUCAGGAUGAGCAGCUCAUGGAGGCUUUGACACAGUUCCUGGGUUGGUCUGUUUUGAACACGGACACUUACGACAAGAUGAAUAAGCUGGAGAAUCGGAAAGACAUCGCUCAAGACAUGGUGCUCUACCAUGUCAAAUGUCGGGAUGAUGAGAUUCAGAAUAUCCUGAACACCAGAGAACUCUAUGACCUUGAACCCCGAGACUGUGAAGAGGAGGAGCUGCUAGCAAUCCUGAAAAAAGACCUACCUUCACUUAUCAAGAAGUUUGAGAUCUACGAGUUCCGCUUUUCAGAUUUUAACUGCUCUGAGAUGGACCUUGUGAAGUGCGGGAUCCAGAUGUACUAUGAAGUUGGGGUGGUCAAGAAGUUCCAGAUCCCUCAAGAGGUGCUGGUUCGGUUCAUGUAUUCACUCAGUAAAGGCUAUAGAAGGAUCACCUACCACAACUGGCGUCAUGGCUUCAACGUGGGACAGACCAUGUUCACACUCUUGACAACGGGAAUGCUGAAACGGUAUUACACUGACCUGGAGGUAAUGGCCAUGAUAACUGCCGGCUUCCUGCAUGAUAUUGAUCACAGAGGGACCAACAACUUGUACCAAGUCAAAUCUGGUAACCCUUUGGCAAAGCUACAUGGCUCCUCCAUCUUGGAACGACAUCAUCUAGAAUUUGGAAAGUUCCUCUUAGCUGACGAGUCAUUGAAUAUCUACGUAAACCUUAACAGACGACAGGUAGAACAUGUGAUCCAUCUCAUGGACAUCGCCAUCAUCGCUACUGACCUGGCUCUGUAUUUCAAGAAAAGAACCAUGUUCCAGAAGAUUGUGGACCUUUCACACACAUAUGAGGAUGAAAAGAAGUGGGUUGACUUCAUGUCUCUAGAAACAACCAGAAAAGAAAUUGUCAUGGCUAUGAUGAUGACUGCAUGUGACUUGUCAGCUAUCACCAAGCCUUGGGAGGUACAGAGCAAGGUUGCCUUGUCAGUAGCAGCAGAGUUUUGGGAGCAGGGUGACCUGGAGAGGACAGUACUGGAACAACAACCUAUUCCCAUGAUGGACAGAAACAAAGCAGCAGAACUGCCAAAGCUGCAGUGUGGUUUCAUUGACUUUGUCUGCACGUUUGUCUACAAGGAGUUUUCUCGCUUCCACCCACAAAUCCAGCCCAUGCUGGAUGGCAUCCUGAAUAACAGGAAAGAGUGGAAUGCUAAAAAAGAAGAGUAUGAGGCUACACUCAAAGUCCUAGAGGACCAGAAGGCUGCUAAAGAGGCAGCUGCAGCCAGUAAAGCUGCUGCAAACAACCCCAGUGGUGGAGGCUCAGGCUCCAAGACCUGCUCAGUGUGCUAA